UCAUAUACAGACAUAUACAGAGUGAUCGAGUACGAAUUCAGUGUGGUCAGGUAAAGACAUGGCGACUUUACUGAAACAUAGGGCGCUGCUGGGGUUAUCGGUGUUAGCUGUGCUUCUCGUCAUCGGUGCGUUCACAAGUCCAGGGUGGUUUCGUAUCCAUUACCUAUCCUUUGGAUCAGGGGAUGGUUGGGAGGAUCAUCUAGUGGAAGACGGACCCAUUGCCAUGGCCAAGAGAGAGGGAGAACUUGGCCGCAAACGUCAUAAACACCACCACCACCACCAUCAUGGAGACGACAAUGCUCUGUUGCCAGAGGAUAAAUUUGUGUCCAUCUCUGCUGGGCUGUGGUACUUUGUGACAUGUGUAAAAUAUAUCGGAGAAGAUAUGGAGGAACACCACAAGUGUCACCACAGUUCCUAUUGUCAUGCCAGACGAGAGGUUGACCGGCUGCCGGAGGAGUUACGCGGAAUCGGGCUCGAAUCCAUCUACAGAAAUGCAGGCGACAUAGCUCGGUUCGGAUUACUGGAGUUCCAGGUUGAGGCCGCUAUCGGAAUGGUAUGUGCUAUCAUCGGAAUGAUUGCCGGAUUCCAGUACGUGCGUGGUCAGUUCACAAAGAGAUGCGCUGGACUGGUCACUUUCAUCUUUCACCUCGUCUCCGGCGUACUGUUUGCGGUGAUCUUCGGCAAUGCUGUCGGGAUGUACAAGAUCGGAAUGCUGGCUUUGUCCCAAGUAUACGGGUACGAUAUGAAUUCCCCAUAUCUGUACCUUGCAGCCCCCUACUCGCUCCUGAUGGUGGCAGUUGCCUCCAUUGUAAUACUUGGGAACUCCCUCGUGUUCCUCCUCAUCCUCUCAAAGGGACCGCGAAAACACAUCGACCUGAUCAGCGCCCAAGGGAAAGGACCGGGAGUACCUUUCGGAAUGAUUUCCCCGCCUGGCUACAAACCAUUCCCUGGUCUGGGGGACCGCCCAUCCUUUAAAGAAGAAGAUCCACUUCAAGAGAAAGUGCCUUUGUAAUCACUAGGCUAACCUCGGCCAAUUCCGUAUCCUUUAUCAGAUAGUUGUUGAUUAACUUGCAGAAUCAGCCGAGAUGUGUUGUAUUGUGCCCAAGGCGAGCAAUUCACUUACUUUCAUAAUGUCUAUAUAUGUUGUUCAAGGAGAUUUACAUGUGUUGUAGUAGACUGGAUGUUUAUUCGGAAGUUAAUUAUAAUAUUUGAUGACAAAAACAAUAUUCAACAUGUAUCUAGUCCUCUUAGGAGUCUCUUCACUUUGACUGCUACUGCAGAGAUGAGUAUUGGUGCUGUAUUUGCCGAUGGAAUCUGCUCAUCAACACGCGCUGUCUCAUCUGUAACGUUUUGAUAUUAUGCUGUACAUAUGCGCUAUAAAUGGAAUACCAAACAAAGACUGAUUUAGUUAUAGCGGAUGGUUUAAAACUAACUGCUGGUGAAGUAAGGUAAAUGUUGUAACGUUUAAAAGGAUGACGUCCAUUGAGAAUUAUUCGUUAUUUAUUCAGAGCUUAAUGUCAUGUGAUAUUGUACUAAUUUAUUGUCUUCUAAAAGAUCUGAUAUAUUUUUGGUAAAAUAGCUUUACAUGCCCAUCACAAAUUACGUUUAUAUGGAAAUUCCUAUUUGUUUAUAAAAUUCCAAAUAUGA